AAGAGACUUUGUUGAUUAGUUCAAAAUGUAGUGGCAGGAAGGCCACGACUUUACAGACAGUUAGGAUGCCAAGGAGUAAUGUUUUGGACCGAGUACAGAGCUUUUUGCCACAGAUGGCCCAUGCAAAUGAUGAGCUAAGAAGAAAAAUGGCAGCAGCACCAGCUCAUCAGUUUGAUAUUGAAAAUCUAGACAGUGCAACAGAAAAAGUUAUAGAAAUGAAUGUGGCUGUAGUUGAACUGAGCGAUUCUGAUACAGAUAAAGAGAUGUUAACUUCAGAAGAUGACUCGGAAUCUGAAGAUGACUCGGAAUCUGAAGAUGACUGUAUAACUGAUGAAGUGACAAUAGACAACAUCAAGUUUCCUAAACAAAAGGGAGAAAAGGGCAAAAUAGAAAUUUUGGACAGCAAAGUCAAUGAGUAAAUGCAUUUUAUUUUA